UUAGAUUAUUGGAAGUCUAAUGCCGCUAGAUUUCCCGUUUUAGCUUUAAUAGCUAGGAAAUAUUUAAGAAUCCCGGCUUCUUUGACUUCUAGUAAGAGAUUCUUCUCUCAGGGUGCUCUUAUUAUAACUAAAUUACGAAAUAGACUUAAUAAGAGUACUUUUGAGAUAAUAGGUUGUUUAAAAAGCUGGGGGUUAUUUAAAGAUGAAUUAGAAGAGGCUAAAAAGGAGGAUAAAAGAGAAGGAAUAAAGGAGAAAAAUCAAGAUUUGGAAGAGAAUAAUUAG